AUGUACUGAGCCAGACAUUUUUCCAUUAUCAAAUAGGCACCAGAGCACUUGCCUGGCUUCCUCAUUCUUGUUGCGCACUCUCAUCACCAUGCAACUUGCAAUUAAAGGAAUCAAAAGGCAUUAAUUAUAGAUUAAUAAAGCCAUGUGGACUGCUUCUAAGCAGAACAUAAUUCAGAUACUUCCUAUCGCUAUGACCGCUCCCUCCUCCUCUUUCUUCCCCACACUCUUUCAUCAUGCUCCUCUCUCCUUCCCUUUUUCCUUUCAUAUAAAGCAAAGCUUAAACUAGCUCUUUACAUUGUUCUCUUCCUUCAAAAACAAUGCAAGCUCCAAGAAACUUCAAGCAUGACUUCCUCAAGCAUUUCCUCUUGGGACUCCAUGUAAGUAGAGACUCUUCAGGAGGAAUGAUGAGUCUAAAUGAGAGGGAAAGGGAAAUCAAGCAUUUGGCAGAUGCCGCCAUGGCUUUGGCAAGAGGCGACGGUGCAAACUGGAGCCGAGCACUAAUUGCAGGCUUGGCUAAGAAGGAGAACAAUGAGGCUUUCAUUGGGAAGAAGCACUGUAAAGAGUUUGAAAGCAUAGCUUCUCCACAUGGCUACCAUGGGACUUCAAGUUUUCUUAAGAGAAAAAUGAUCAUGAAGAGGAAGAGCUUUAAUUCGCGGUUGAAGGUAAGGAAGAAAGGUUUCCCUUCGCCAUCAUCGUCGAGAGUUAUCCCAAGUGUUCUAGCCAGAAGGAUUGUGAGGAAGAGGACACAAGUGCUCAAACGCAUUAUACCAGGGGCUGAAAGCCUGGAUGGUAUUUCCUUGCUUAGUGAGACUCUAGAUUAUGUUGUCUAUCUUAGAGCUCAGGCUAACAUAAUGCAGCGACUUACAAGAGUCUUUGGGGUAUAGAAACUUGUUUUAAGUUCAUUAGAGGGUGAAUUUCUACUUAUUAUCAUUAAAUAUUCUGUAAUGUUUUAGUGCUAUGUUUAUGGUAAUAUCUAUGCUUGUUUCAA